AUGCCUGAUAACUACACCUACAGGAGCUCCGGCAGCAACAGCCAGGGUAACCACUACUGCGCACGCGACUACGGGUCCGGCGCCUCGAACUCAAACAGCUACCACUAUUCUAACACGGAUGGAUCUUACUACUACUCCAAUUCUAAUGGGAGUACCUACCACAACGAUGGGAAGGGAAGUUCUACCUACACUCCUUCUAGCUCCAAUGGCUCCAGCGGAUCUAGCUCGAAGAAGUAG